UCCGCCAAUACCUUUUAGGCCCAAAAUCUUUAGACCAAGACCUUGUUUUCUCACUCUCUCUCUAUAGUCUCCAAGCGACUGCCUCUCUCUCUCACCAAAUUGGACUGUGAAUCGACCUCUGCAGACAAAUGCCUUCUCAAGGAGAUACGACAAUGUCUUUUUACUAAUGCCACUGUUUGUGUUUUUCAACAGAGUUUGUUACCGGUGUUCUUCAGUCCUAGUGUGGAUUUUUGGCUAGAAAUUUCACGGUGUUCUUCUUCAGUUUAUUUGCAAUUUGUCUUUCAUCUUCUCCAAUUCCGAUUUUGUGUAACCAGACCAAGCGUUGGCAAAACUUGCAAAAGUCAAUUCAGGGGAAUGCACAACCAGCUCCGUCAGUUCAUGCAACAACAAAGCCGCCUUCGUCUGUUCCUUCAUAGUUCGGUUCGUCAGUUCAGGCCACAUCACAAUGGGCUCCGGUGGUUCAAGUCGCAUCACAGCCGACUUCGUCCUUUCAGCCCGCAUCACAGCCGACUUCGUCCUUUCAGACCGCAUCACAAUCUACUUCAUCCUUUCAGGCCGUAUCACAGCCGACUUCAUCAGUUCAGGUCGCAUCACACCCUGCACCAUCCAGAAAGUGUAUUCAACGUGAGUCGAUGCAACAUUGGACUGUAGAUGCUAUAGGUACACUUUCUCCUCCUCCUCCUCCUCCUCCUCCACCACUGCUAAAAGUUCCCAAAUUGCUGCUGGUUUAUUUUUUAAUCUUCUGCUAAAAGUCCCCAAAAUGCUGCUGGUUUUUUUUUAUUUUUUAAUCUAACAAAUAUAAGAUAAGAUAAAAAAAUCUAUUCCUGUUUCCAAUUAUGCUAUCAAUCAGCUUUUUGUUGAAUGCUCAAAACAAGAAAUUUGAAGCUAAAUAGAUAGAUAUGCAUAGUAAACAGAAAGGUAAUAUUUUUAUUUUUCUAAAUGGUCCAUAACAUGAGACAAUGAAUAUAAUAUAAGACAAGAAAAGUAGUAGUUACUGAAGAAGUUGGUAUAGUCUUGGAAAUUUCUGUGGUCCGACUUAUCUAUGCCUUUGCUUACAGUGUGAUUUACUUGAAGCUAGAAGGCGUGUACACAUACUCUCUUACUACCAAAUCAGAGUAAACAUGUCCUAUUUUUCUUCCCUCUUAAGAUAUUAUUACAUCGUACCACUAAUGAAAAUUGGAAACAUGCAAUAUAAGUAAUUUUUGCAGUGUCAAUUACCUGCUCAUGGACUAGUGUUGUAAAAAGAGGUUAGGUUUGAUUUAUUAUCACCCUCUUGCCGUUGAUAUAUAUAUGAAACAGUUGCAAGAAUGGAGCACGUGAAAUGUGUGAGUACAAAACUACUCCUCAAGUAUCUUCACCCAGUGUAGUACUGUAUGAUCCUGGCAACACACAAUUACACCAUGUGCUAUUGGAUUUUGAGCUUGAAAAGAAAAAGGGCAAAAAGAUGCUUGAUCAUGUCAGUUCCUUUUAUUUAUAUAUUGCUGAGACUGGACGAAGGCCUGGACGCAUACAACUUUAUCUUGAUACUCAUAAGAAACAAGAUGGAACAUAUGUGAAUGAGGCGGCAAAGGAGAUAUGUGAAAAAAUUGAGCUUGCUUUGAGCCAAAGCAUGGUGGAUGAGUCUGAAGUUUUGCCGAAUGAUGCUGUUGGUAAAGUGCUAGGAAAAGAGCACUCUGGAAGGGUAAGGUGCUUAGGAUUAGGAGCUGUCCCCAGCAAAGUUUUUAAACAUACAAGACCUCGUUUUUGUGGUAUGAAUGCUUCAAGUAGUGAUGCUUCAUGUUUGAACCAUUGCCAAGAGAACUACAAUAAAUUGUUGAAUGCUCACAACCAAAGCCAAGAGAACUACAAUAAAUUGUUGAAUGCUCACACCCAAAGCCAAGAGAACUACAAAGAAAUAGUGAAUUCUAACAAACAAAUGAUGAAUGCUUUCAAGGCAUAUAUGAUAAUGAAAGAAAGGACAAUACCAGAGCAAUUUGCGGGGUUCUUUACUUCUCCUCCUACAACGCCUAGAGAUGCAGCUAGUGGAUCCCUAUCACCCAUGGGCGCAAGAAGAUCAUCUGAUGGCAGUAAUCCAAGUGACAACAAUUGAAGUUCUUUAUAAUUGAAUUAGAUAAUUAAUUAGGACAAUGUAAUUAUGUGAUUGGAGCGAAUGUUAGAAUAGUUAGGGUGAAUGUUUUAUGUUAAAAUUUAGUUUGACGCUACUGCAUGCAGCUAGAAACAUUGCUAAAUCUGCUUUGAGUAUUUUUGUAGCCCCAUCAUUUAUAUAUGAAAGUAAUACUUUUGUGA